AUGUUUGAAGUGCUGCUGGGGAUGAUGACAACCAAAGAGAUGACUCAGGUCUCUGCUAUACACACACUUCUUGUUUUGCAGCUGUCUUCUUCUGGCGACAAGCUAGAUGAAGACCUUGACAAGCUAAAGAAUUCUCUGUCCCACAAGAAUGUGGUACCUCUCAAGUUUGUUUGCAGUGUCUUGAAAUGCAUUCCCCGGAAAUCUGGUAGAAUGUUUAAAAUUGACUAUGCUAAGGCCCUUGUAGAAUGGUGCCGCGGAAAACCUUUUGCUGCUCCCCAGAAGGAACAUCAGUUUGUGUCUCCAGAUGUGCUCAUCCAGGAGAUGACCGUUCCAACUUGGUUUGGAUCAGUCCCGAGCAAUUUUGGAAGUGCAUCUGCCAGGACGAUCAAAGCUGACAAGUGGCACUCACUAAUCACUGUCUACAUUCCCAUCGCUCUUGUCAGUUUGUGGGGGGCUGGCACCUCACAUCCUUCCGAUGAAGUUGGUACCCUCCUUAGAGCCAUUCUCGAUCAUACGAUGGAACUUGUUUGUGCAGUAUAUGUUGUGUGUGCCUGA